CACGGCUGAUCAGCAUCCUUGGCUCCACCAUAAGAGCCAUUUUGUGUUAGUCUGAAGAAACGCUCUCUCUCUCAACACAUCCCCACAUCCAUUAACCCCUCCCUCUGCUUGGCCCUUCUUGAUGCACCACUGCGUACCAGGCCCUGCAAAACCAGACUCCCUCAGUCUGAUGGUCUUGCCAGGGGGGGCUCCACCUGCAUUGAUGUUGCUGAACUAGGGAGAGGCUGAAAGCCUAUAGGAAAAAAUAAAACAACUGGGUGAGGAAGAAGACGGCGGAUGGAAGCAGACUCGAUGGAAUAACCCACCGCUGUCCGCAAUCUCAACAGGAUAUUGCCAUCAGGAAUCAGUGGCAGGUGGCCUCUGAUUCCUGGCUGGGCUUCUUCGCAUCAGAUCCUGUGCAGUAGCAAAGCCCCAGCACUCAGACACCAUGGCAGGUGCCUCGGUGAAAGUAGCUGUGAGGGUCCGUCCCUUCAAUUCACGAGAGAUUGGAAAAGAUAGCAAGUGUAUUAUCCAGAUGUCAGGCAACACAACCACAAUUAUAAAUCCAAAACAGCCAAAAGAGAACAAGAGCUUCAACUUUGACUAUUCCUAUUGGUCACAUACAACGCCAGAAGAUGUGAAUUAUGCAUGCCAAAAGCUGGUUUAUAAAGACAUAGGGGAAGAAAUGCUUCUGCAUGCCUUUGAGGGAUAUAACGUCUGUAUCUUUGCCUAUGGGCAAACUGGGGCUGGAAAGUCAUAUACCAUGAUGGGCAAGCAAGAGAAGGACCAAGAAGGCAUCAUCCCACUGCUAUGUGAGGACCUGUUUACCAAGAUCAGUGACAAUAAUGACAACAACAUGUCAUACUCGGUUGAGGUAAGUUACAUGGAGAUCUACUGUGAGCGUGUGCGGGACCUUCUGAACCCAAAGAACAAAGGGAAUCUGCGUGUGCGAGAGCAUCCUCUGAUGGGGCCAUAUGUAGAGGACCUAUCAAAACUGGCUGUUACUUCCUACAAUGACAUUCAGGACCUGAUGGACUCUGGAAACAAAGCCAGGACUGUGGCGGCCACCAACAUGAAUGAGACCAGCAGCCGCUCCCAUGCUGUAUUCAACAUCAUCUUCACACAGAAACGACAUGAUGGUGAGACAGAGAACACAUCUGAAAAGGUCAGCAAAAUCAGCUUGGUAGACUUGGCAGGGAGUGAGCGUGCUGAUUCUACUGGAGCUAAAGGCACUAGACUCAAGGAAGGAGCCAAUAUCAACAAAUCUUUAACAACACUGGGCAAAGUUAUCUCUGCGUUGGCCGAGAUGGACUCUGCACCAAACAAGAACAAAAAGAAGAAGAAAGUUGAGAGCUUUAUUCCAUACAGAGAUUCAGUUCUGACAUGGCUGCUGAGGGAAAACCUCGGAGGUAACUCACGCACUGCCAUGGUAGCAGCUCUAAGCCCUGCUGAUAUUAACUAUGAUGAGACUCUCAGCACACUCAGGUAUGCUGACCGAGCCAAGCAGAUCCGUUGCAACGCCGUCAUCAAUGAAGACCCCAACAACCGCCUGGUGCGUGAGUUGAAGGACGAGGUGGCUCGUCUGAAGGAUCUGCUCUAUGCUCAGGGUCUUGGAGACAUCAUUGAGACAUAUCGGGCACAAGCUCCUGGGAUAUCUGCUCUCAAAUACUUGUCCAGUUACAAGACUAAUAUCAAUAGCAUCCAGGCUAUCAAUCAAAGGGGUGAUUUCUCCACAGUGACCAAUGCCAUGACAGGGAUGAGCCCCUCCCCCUCACUCUCUGCCCUGUCCAGCCGAGCUGGCUCCAUCAGCAGCCUGCAUGACCGGAUCAUGUUCAGCCCGGGAAGCGAGGAAGCCAUUGAGAGGCUGAAGGAAACUGAGAAGAUAAUCGCAGAACUUAAUGAAACUUGGGAAGAGAAGCUUCGCCGCACUGAGGCCAUUCGAAUGGAAAGGGAGGCACUUUUAGCUGAAAUGGGUGUAGCGAUGAGGGAAGAUGGAGGAACCGUUGGAGUCUUUUCACCAAAGAAGACUCCACACCUGGUCAACCUCAAUGAAGAUCCACUGAUGUCUGAGUGCUUACUGUACUACAUUAAAGAUGGAAUCACCAAGGUCGGCCGUGAGGAUGCCAGCAGUCGACAGGACAUUGUCCUGAGCGGCCAUUUCAUUAAAGAUGAACACUGUAUAUUUACAAGUAGUACAAAUGCCUCAGGAGAGGGUACGGUUGUCCUGGAGCCCUGUGAAGGAGCAGAGACUUACGUUAACGGCAAGAGAGUGACAGAGCCCACUGUUCUCAGAUCAGGUAACCGUAUCAUUAUGGGCAAGAGCCACGUGUUCCGUUUCAAUGACCCAGAGCAAGCACGGCAAGAGAGGGAGAGGACCCCGUGUGCAGACACACCUGUGGAGCCGGUGGACUGGGCCUUUGCCCAGAGAGAGCUAUUGGAGAAACAAGGCAUUGACAUGAAACAAGAGAUGGAGCAAAGGUUACAGGAGCUGGAGGACCAGUACCGCAAGGAGAGAGAAGAAGCAAGCAACCUUCUGGAACAGCAGAGACUGGACUAUGAGAGUAAGCUGGAAGCUCUUCAGAGACAGGUCAACUCCAGAUAUUACCCAGAAACUACAGAGGAAGAGGAGGAACCAGAAGAGGAAGUGCCGUGGACAAAGCGGGAGACGGAACUGGCCCUCUGGGCUUUCCGGAAAUGGCGAUUCUAUCAGUUCACCUCUCUCAGAGACCUUCUCUGGGGAAAUGCAAUUUUCCUCAAGGAGGCUAAUGCCAUUAGUGUGGAGCUGAAGAAAAAGGUUCAGUUUCAGUUUGUGCUGUUAACGGACACACUGUACUCCCCACUGCCCCCUGACCUCCUGCCCCCCAGCAUAGCCAAAGACAGGGAGAAAAGGCUAUUCCCUCGCACCAUUGUAGCAGUAGAGGUUCAGGACCAGAAAAAUGGUGCCACACACUACUGGACCCUGGACAAACUCAGACAAAGACUGGAUUUGAUGAGAGAAAUGUACGACCGAGCAGCAGAGGUGCCCAGUACGGCAGUCGAGGACUGUGAUCAUAUGAUGUCCGGUGGACCCUUCUAUGACCGCUUUCCAUGGUUCCGCUUGGUUGGUCGCACUCCCAUUCUCAACACGUGCAUGACCGAGCGCAUGAGUGGCCUUACCCUUUCCCCCACCCUCUCCGACCCCGACUCUGACUCUGACAUAACCGAGCUUGCCGAUGAGCGGCAUUAUGGGAAAGUCGAGGUGGAGGAUGAGGAGUUGGAGGACCUGGACGAUGAGAUCUUUUUGGAGGACCCUGGCUCAGAGCUUGGGAGAGAGGAGGAGGAUGGUGUGGGGGAGCACUGCCCAGGUGUCAGCGAUGGCCAGGACCCCUUUUACGACCGCUGGCCUCUGUUCAGUUUAGUGGGAAGGGCGUUUGUGUAUCUGAGUAAUCUGCUGUACCCUGUGCCAUUAGUGCACCGUGUGGCCAUUGUAAGUGAGAAAGGCGAGGUCAAAGGUUUCCUCCGAGUAGCAGUACAAGCCAUAUCAGCUGAUGAAGAAGCUCCUGAUUAUGGCUCCGGUGUGAGACAAUCAGGAACUGCUAAGAUUUCAUUUGAGGAUCAACAAUUUGAGAAGUUCCAGACAGAAACAUGCACCGCUGGGAUGUCUCACUCAAACACAUCUCAAGAGGAGCUGCGCAUCGUAGAAGGAGAAGGACAAAACUCAGAGAUGGGGCUCAGUGCUGAUGAGGUCAACAAUAACACCUCCUCUCCUGAUGUUCCUAACAGUCCUCUCAAGGGUCUGGAAUGUCCUCUUGAUGUGACUCAGGAAAAAUCCUUCCAGCACUUAAAAAUCGGCAGUAACUUCACCUUCAGGGUCACAGUGCUUCAGGCAUCCAGCAUCUCUGCUGAGUAUGCAGAUAUCUUCUGCCAAUUCAACUUUAUUCACAGGCAUGACGAGGCAUUUUCCACUGAGCCAUUAAAGAAUACCGGCCGAGGGCCUCCUCUGGGAUUCUACCAUGUACAGAAUAUAACCGUAGAGGUCACCAAGUCUUUUGUGGAAUACAUCAAGAGUCAGCCAAUCGUUUUUGAGGUAUUUGGCCAUUACCAAAAACAGCCCUUCCCUCCUCUCUGUAAGGACUUGAUUAGUUCAUUACGUCCAACAAGAAGGCAGUUCCCUAGGGUUAUGCCUUUGUCAAAGCCAGUGCCUGCCACAAAACUGAGCACGCUCGCACGCUCCACCGCUGGCCCCUGUCACUGCAAAUAUGACCUUAUGGCAUUUUUUGAGAUCUGUGAGCUGGAGGCCAACGGGGACUACAUCCCAGCUGUAGUUGAUCACAGGGGUGGAAUGCCCUGCCAUGGUACAUUCCUGUUGCACCAGGGCAUCCAAAGGAGAAUUACAGUCACUAUAGCCCAUGAAACCGGCAAUGACAUUGAGUGGAAGGAGGUUAAAGAGCUCGUCAUAGGGCGCAUCCGUAACACACCCGAGGCAGAUGAGACUAUCAUCGACCCCAACAUCCUGUCCCUCAACAUCCUGUCUUCAGGCUACAUACGACCAUCUUAUGAUGACAGGACGUUUUACCGCUUUGAGGCAGCAUGGGAUAGCUCCAUGCACAACUCCCUUCUGCUGAACCGUGUCACUCCAUAUGGAGAGAAAAUUUACAUCACCCUCUCCGCCUAUCUUGAGAUGGAGAACUGCACUCAGCCCACUGUCAUCACUAAGGACUUUUGCAUGGUGUUCUACUCCAGAGACGCUAAACUUCCUGCGUCUCGCUCCAUUCGAAACCUUUUCAGCACUGGUGCCUUUAGGCCCUCUGAGAGUAACCGUGUGACUGGAGUGUACGAAUUAAGCCUCUGCCAUUUGGCUGACAUUGGAAGUCCUGGUAUGCAAAGGAGGCGCAGACGGGUGCUGGACACCUCAGUGGCGUAUGUACGUGGAGAGGAGAACCUUGCGGGUUGGAGGCCCCGCAGUGACAGCCUCAUCCUGGACCACCAGUGGGAGCUAGAGAAACUUAGCCUCCUACAAGAGGUGGAGAAGACCAGGCAUUACCUUCUGCUGAGAGAGAAGCUAGAAGCAUCUCUGCUGCUGGGACAGGACUCUUUCUGUGGCAAAGACCUGAUGGACUCACCUAAGGCCUCCAGCCCCAUGAUCAGCCCAGUAGUCAGUCUGGGUCUGGACAGUCCCAACGAGAGGCAGAGGGAGCUGGCUGCCAAGUGUGUGCGACUGCUCAUGCACACCUUCAACAGGCAGUACAGCCAGGUGAGCAGCAGUCUCAGUGAGAGCAAGCUGUCAGAGAUGUCCGCAUCCCUUUUAAGAGAUGGUUCUUCUUCACCUCUAAGCACUUUGACACCCUCCUCCACCUGCCCGUCACUGGUGGAUAGUCACUAUGGCAAUCCAGACCUCAGAGGAGCUGAGGCUAACUCAGGUGCCUCUAGCCCUGAUCUCGACCCAUUCAGCCCCAUAGAGAGAAAACCCAGGAGCUGCACCUUCAUCCCGAACAUCCAGGAGAUUCGUGUCAGCCCCAUUGUGUCAAAGAAAGGCUAUCUACACUUUCUUGAGCCACACACCAGUGGCUGGGUGAAGCGGUACAUUGUGGUACGGCGGCCUUAUGUCUACCUGUACCGCAGUGAGAGAGACUGUGUGGAGAGAGCCGUCAUCAACCUGUCCUCUGCUCAGGUGGAGUACAGCGAAGAUCAGCAGACUAUGCUGAGGGCUCCUAACACUUUUGCAGUGUGCACUGAGCACCGGAACAUUCUCCUCCAAGCAGGCAAUGACAAAGAGAUGCAUGACUGGUUGUACGCAUUCAACCCACUGCUGGCAGGAACUAUCAGGUCUAAGCUUUCCAGAAGAAAAUCAGGACCGAUGAGGAUGUGAAACCGUUUUUUUCCUCUGGCUCAAACCA